AUGUAUACUCUAAAGAGGAUUGAUCGCCUUUCAGAGCUCAAACUAUCAAAGGACAAGAUACUAAGGGAUCUGUAUCAACUGUGGAGACCAACAUCAUCCAAUGACGACAAUGGUGUCGGAAUCAAUCAUAUAAUGGCCCAUGGAACGAUAAAGUCAAGACUUGAUAAUGGUGCCGUUCAGAUAAUGAUCACAAAGAUAUUGAUUGUAGAUAGAGAGGAGCUCCCUACUAUUGUACCUCGAGGACCCAAUGGUGAUGACCGAUCCAGCUCACUCAAUUAUAUUGAACAGUUUAUGAUCACUGGAUUGAUACCAUCGUCGGAAUUCAAUCACAACAUUGGCAAGGAACUGGUAUACUUUGAUGUCGGUUGUUCGGUAAAGACCCUUAUACAAGAUAUCCAACUGGACACUGAACUGAUCACUCUAAGUCUAGACAUUACAAGGAUAUCAAGUAGUAGUUACUUUUCUAAACAUUUCCAAUUGGGAUUAUACCAACCAAAGGCUAAUGAACAAUGUCAGACCAGUGAUAUUAUUACAAUGUUACAUGCAGACAAUCAAUUCACCAAUCCAUUGUCCUAUCAAAAGAUGUUGACAUCAUUGGGACUUGAUGAUAGGGGAUCAUUCCUUCCAAUACCAACAACUACACCAAACGAACGAUCGUUGGAUUACAAGUCACUAAGAUCACACCAGAACUAUGAAUGGGCUCAUGAUGCUGUCACAAAGGGUAUAGAGUAUGCCAAGAAAGGAGAGUUUGAAAAGGCCAUUGCAAUAUAUAAUGAGGCUUUGGAAGUGGACUAUAGUCAUAAGGAUGCCUACGUUGCGUUGGGUGCAGCAUAUGCCAAUACUGCCAAUUAUGACAAGGCAUUGUUAAACUUUAGGCGAGCUCUGGAUAUAUGUCCAGGUGAUCCAAACGCUGAUAAAUAUUAUAAUGCUACUCUACAAAAGAAACGAUCAAUUGAACAAGAGACAAGAGAAAAGGAAGAGAGAAGAUAUCAGUUGGAGAGAGAACGUGAGAGAGAAAAGAGAAAGGCUGCUGAUAGAGAUAAGGAGUUGAACUCUUAUAUUAGGACAGACAAGUUAAAGAGUAUGCUACAACAAGUGGAUGAUGAUCAUCAUGAACAAGAUAUAGAUAGGAAAAAGAAGAAGAGAAAGGAUGGACAUAGUGGUAGUAGCAGUAACAGUAGUAGUAGACAUCAUCAUCAUGAUUCGACAAGACGAUCGUCAAAGUAUUAA